GCCAGUACUACCAUAUAUCUCCAACAAACCAAGACUUCGUCCACAAACUUACACAACUUUAAUUUUCAUGUUCAUUUUUUUGUUUUUCUUGAAAAGUAGGAGUAAUACUCCAUUACCGAAUAUACACAUCUUAUUAAUGUGAAAUUCACUUCCGAUGUCAGAUGUGAACACCUUAUUUUGAUAUAUUGAUUGCCAUACGACUAGCGUCUUUUAUGGAGCUUUUGCUUGGUAGCCUCAUCAGAAAUUCUGGAAUUUCAAUUCCUUGAUUUCAUGAUUUUGGUGUUCACAUUCUGGACCAUAUAUCUCCAAUGGUCUUGAUUCACUGCACAUGUCCUAGGAUCCAAGUUAAAUAUUCAAAUCCUCGAAUGGAAGUCCAAUUCUACCUUGAGUGCUUGACCAUUAAUUACUUCGCAGUUUCUUCGAAGUUUCCGGGUCAAAAUUUUGUUGUUUACCACAAGAAGAGAAGACUCACAGAUAGUGAAUGUGGUCGGUUCGCAGCUCGACAAUAAAAAUGGUUAGCUUCUCGUCUGAAAUUUCUCAGAAGUCCAUGGAGCCUUGUCCAAUUUCUUACCACAUUAACAAGUUUGAAAUUUCUUCUGUCUUUUUUGAUCUUUUAACAUCUGGAAACGGUCAGAAGGCAGGACUGAUGGGAUGUCUAUUUCCAAAGUCCCUCAUUUCUUCUUAGUUUUCUUCUCUCAUGUAAAUUUUCUCUGUAGUACCGAAGACCAGGGCAAUUGCCAUGACCAUUUGAGUUCUUUGUUUUACCAAAAUCAGCAUCGCCUGUCUACUGAUCCACACACAACAUGGCUCGCUUUCUUAUCCAAGCGCCCUUCAGCUAAUACUGCCCUCUUUCAAGAGAUCAAGUGCUUAUAUAUAUUGCCGCCUUUUGAUUCAUUCCAGACAAGGAACAAUAAAGAAAGAAAGAAAGAAAGAAAGAAACGCUGUAGAAGGAAAGGGAUGGCAUGUUUUGUGCCUUUCAACAACAGAAAUUUGGAGACAAGCUUUUUUAUCUUCAGGCCAAUAGUUGCGCUGGUUGAUGAGCUUGUUGAGACGCUAAAACAUUUCUCUGCCUGCACUGAAAGUCUUGGUUGUGUUCAAAGUUCCAUAUUCAAAAGCAUCCAUGGAAAUAUGAUCAUAUGGUAUGGAGCAUGGAUGAAGAAAUCUUGCGAAAACAAAGAGGUGUUAACCGGAGAGCUAGUAUCUAUGUUAUCAAACAUAUCAAGCAUGGCUAUCUUGAUUGAACAUGGCUUUUUUGAUGCGUAUGCUGGAGAAUCAAGAGAUGAUUCCUCUGCUGCAAGACUUUGCACAGAAGACACAAUUUCUAUGAGCAUAAUAGUAUCGCAGAAAGCUGACGAUAUCAAUGACCUCUCCUAUGCCAACUUAGCUUUAUUCAAGUCUCAGUUCCUUAAGAUGGAAGGUGCUAAUUCUGGAGUGUGCUUGACUUGCAAAAGUGUCCAGCAGCCUAGAGUGGCAUGUCUCUAUGUAUGGAAAUCCCUGCGUUUUUGCUAUUCAUGGAUUCUAAAUUCGGAUUACAGGAGGACCAUACUACCUUACCUUGAACGCUUUUCUUUUGUUAUCAAGUAUGACAUGUUUCGGGUAAUCUUUGUCAGUUGCGACAUUGUACUAUAGUUAUCAUCUUUCUUAUCAGAUCAUGCUAAAAAAUGAGGAAGAAGCAAAGAAGAAGAGCAGCUUGUUAUGCAAGAUUGAGAAAGAUCAAUUCUAUCUUUCUUAGUAAUGUAAAUUCAUUUCCUUUUUUGUAUUUCUUAUGAAUGAAAGAAUUUCAUUUAUAGCAUUAAGCAAAAACUUAAUUAGCAGGAGCUCGACCAGCUAACAAAGCAAUGUUUAUGUGCAUGAUUACAGGAAAUAAACAAAAUAAAGAAC